AUGGGGAAACCUAAAAUAUUAAUUAAAAAUUUGUAUGAAAUUUUGCAGUCAGACAAAUUUGAUUGUGUGAGAUGGACAGUCGAUGGACGGGCUUUUAUAAUUGUUGAUCCCGAAGAAUUUUAGAAUUCGAUUAUGCCUGAAUACUUUUAUUCAACACAAAUUAAGUCUCUCUAUCGAUAACUGAAUUCGUAUGGGUUUAAGAUGAGAAGUUUAGAAAUGAACUAAAAGUAGUUUUCGCAUAAGUGGUUUAUCAAAGGAAAUAAAUCAUCGCUUUCCAAGGUGGAGAGAAAACGGAGACAGAGCAUCGCCCAUUUGGAUAAAGAGAAGGAUUCCAUCAUUAUUAUGAGAGAAGAAAUGAAAUAAUUAAAGGAGGAAUUGGAAACGUUGUAAAGCCAAUAAAAUUCUAUACUAAAAUAAAUUCGAAUUCAUUCCAUAAUACAGACUUACAUUUGUAAGAACAUCAAAAAGAUUUGUGAUGAGCAAAAGAAAUACAAUUUAGAAAGAGAAUAGGAAAGAAGGCUUGUAUUGUAUUUCACAUCGAUGUUUCAAAUAUUUAAAGGCUUUCAUUUUGAAAUAGCGUCUAACAUAAUUCGAGAAUUGAAAGACAUUGGAGGACCCUAAACUCCUUCAUUUUCUCCAAUGAUAUUUCCAUUUAUGUGA